AAUGUCUCAACUAUUUGUUUUCUGUUAGUUUGACUUGCUCGCCAAGAUGGGUUACUACGUUAUUGGUCUGUGUCUCACUGCCCUGCUGUCCGGCGCGCUGGCGGUACCUGUCGGCGAACAGCGGAACGACUGCGGCUUCGCCUGCAUCGACGACUGGACCCCGGUGUGCGCCACAAACUCCUCCGGCAGCUACGUCAUCACGUGCUCCAACGCCUGCUACCUCGCCGGCUACAACUGCAACCACAACACCAAUUUCACUAUCCUGUACGACGGCGAGUGCAGCGGCUGGCCGACUACCAACAGCGAUCCUUGCAUGUAGAGGAGAACAUGUAUCAUGCACUUAGGUAGAACAGUACACUCCCGAUUAUCUGCGAAAUUAAGUGGCAGGGCCACCGCGGAUAGUGAUAAUCACGGAUAAUCCGCAAAAAAGAGCUGAAAAUGGGAAACAAAAAAAAAAAAGGGAAACGUUAAUUUCAAAUUAAAAACCUAAAAAUUUAUGUACAGUAAAAGUUACAAUCAACAGUAAAAAUUUUUAAACGAUGCCCAAAUUUUAGUAUUUUACUGAAUAAUUAACAUACAACACAUUUCAGUAAUGUAAACAUAAAAGUGCUCGACCAUACGACUAGCAACAAAGUGCGACGGAGACAAAAAUAGCAACGCAGGCCAGCAUACUGCGUGAGUUCCGAGAGGGCCUGUGGCGUUUUACUGUACACUGCACGCAAUACACUCGCCAGUGGAGUUCAAAUUUGCUCACUUGUAAUAAAAUACGGAUUUACAUAUGUGCUGUAUUUUUUCGUAGCAUGCGCGGAUGAUAGGGAGUUUACUGUACUGCAAAUGAUGAAGAAAGUAAAAAAAAAAAAAAAACCAAGUUGGCGCUAUGAACAAAAAAGCUGAUAUAACUGUAUUGGGCUUACUACCAGUAUUGAUAUUGUAACCGAAAUAGAAAUAAAGUAAACGGUUUCACUUGG